AUGAAUUGCUUAGUAUUAUUAUAUGGUAGCCCUUGUAGUGGUAAAGACACAUUCAUAAAUUUUUUAUUAAAAAAAAAAAAAAAGCUUCUUUUAUUUCUUUAUUUUUUUUUAAAUUUAACAAAGAAGAAGCCUUAUAAAUAUAUAAGAGAAAAAAUAUUCUUUAUUGAAUUAAUUAAAUAUUUUUAUAGGAUAAAUAACUAUAGAUAUAAAUUAGUCUAUAUAAAAAAAAAAAAAUUAAGAAUUUCUUUCAAAUAUCUAAUAUAUUUGAUUAGGCAUUUUGAUAUUAUUAUAAAAAAUAGAUAUUUUUAUCCUAAUAAAUACAUGAAAUUAAAUAAUCUGAAAAAAAAAAUUCUUAAGAAUAAUAACAAACAAGGAAAGUAUACAUUUAAAAGAUGGAGAAUAAAAAAAUACCCAAAAUUAUUUGAUUAUUUUAAGAAUUCUAAAAUAUUUUUCAUUUUACAUAAAGAAAUAACAAAAUGGAAAAUAUAUUUUAAAAAAUUUUUAGAAAAAAAUAAAAUUUGUAUUUACAACAUAUCAACUGAUUUUAUUGAAAAACAAUUUUAUCAUAAUAUAGAAGAAAAAUCAUUUAAAUAUAGCAAACGUAAUAAAAAAUAUUUAUAUACAUUAAAUAAAAAAUAUAUAACUUUCUCUAAAAAAAUAAAUGAUACUUUUUAUUUAUUUCUUAAAAAAACAAAUAUCAAGAAUGAAAAGUUUGUUAUAAAAAAAGAGAAAAAAAAAAAAAAAGUAACAUUAAUUAAUCAAACUAAAAAUUGGAAAAAAGCAAGAAAAAUUGCAUAUGAAUAUUGUAUGAAUAUAAUGAAAAUUAAUAAGGAAAGUUUUAUAAAUGAUAAUAAAAAAAAAAGAAAUUAUUAUUAUAAUGAAAAAUCUGAAAAUAAAAUAAUUAUCUUAAAUGAUACCUUUCAUUUGCCAUCAAUGAGAAAACAGUAUUAUAUAUUAUCUAAAAAAUAUUAUUACAAUUAUAUACAAAUUUUUAUAAAUACUCCUCUUAAAAAAUGUUUAAAGAGAAAUAUAAAUAGAAAGAAAUUUAAGUACAUAUCUAAUAAGACAAUUAUAAAAAAUCACAAAUAUCAUAAAAAAUAUGCUAUUAGAUUAAAAGAAAAAAAAAACAAAAAUUUCUUUAAAAUAAUUAAUGUUAUUAAAGGGAAUUACAAAUGGCAAAGGAAAAUAUUAUCUCUGGAAAUUAAUUCUUUUAAAAAAAAAAAAAAUAUAAAAGAAAAAAAAAUAAUGUCUAUAAAAGAACAAAAGAAGCCAAAAAUAGAAUUAAAUCAUUUAGACAUUAUUAAUACAACCAUUAAUAAAAUUAUACAUGAAAAGUUGAAAGAACUUCCUAAUGAACAAAAGAAUGAAUAUGCAAAGAAAUUUCGUUUAAUUAAAUUACAAUUAUUAAAAGGUAAUAAAUUUUCAAUGUAA